AUGUAUAUCAGUCAGCUUUUCUAUGAAUUUUCUUUUCUUAUCUUAAUAUUCAAAGUUUUUACGAUUCAAUCCGAAGAAAUUCCUUAUGAUACAAUAGUUGGUUUUGGUGAUUCAAAUACUGAUACUGGAAAUGUUUAUAAUUUAACAGGUUAUAAAUGGCCUGCUGUUCCACCUUAUUAUAAUGGUCGAUUUUCUAAUGGAAAACUUUGGAUAGAAAAAUUAGGAAUAUCUAAUCUUAUCAAUAAUGCAUAUGGAGGUGCAACUACUGAUAAUAACUUAGUACAAGGUUUUACCGCACUUAAUUUGGCGGUGCCAGGUGUUCGUCAACAGAUAACGAAAUAUAUCAAUACUACUAAUUUAACUCAAGUUAAUUUUCAUCGAAUAAUUUAUAUAAUUUGGGCUGGUGCAAAUGAUUAUUUUUAUAAUAUAACUUUACCUGCAUCAAUUGUUGUUAAAAGUUUAAUCAAUGGAAUAAAUGAUUUAAUUCAAAUAGGUGCAAAACAUAUUCUUAUUGUUAAUCAACCACCUCUUCAAGCAUAUCCAGUUACAGCGAUUUUAAAUAUGAGUAAUUAUUUAAAUAACCUUACACUUGAUCAUAAUAGUAAUCUAUAUAAUUCAAUUCAAUUACUUCAAUCAAAUUAUUCGAAUAUAUCAUUUAAAUUAUUCGAUAUUUAUUCACUCAUUUCAAAUAUUCUUAUGAAUAGCACAGCAUAUGGAAUAAAUAGUACGAAUAAAUGUUGGGACACACCAAAUUACACUGUUGUUGAAUUAUGUUCAACUCCUGAUAGAUAUCUUUAUAUUGAUAGAUAUCAUUUUACUAGUCGUGUACAUCAAUUAAUUGCUGAUAAUGGACGACAAUUACUUGUAACUUCAAAUGAAGCUAGUAAAUCUUCUCAAUUUAUUUUUUAUAUUCUACCUUUUUUAUAUAGCCUUAUAUAUGUAAUAAAAUAA